AUGCCUUCUACCGAUAGGAACUCAACGUCAGAGAGGUCGGAGAGGAGGGCAUCAACAAGGAGAUCAAGACGAGUGUCGGCAGAAAAUGCGCUCGGCGACUAUGAAUACGAUUUGGCGACACACGCCGUCUCUGACGGUUUCCGCCCGGCAGUCAACAACCCGCCAGCUGUACCGAAUCUGAACUCGCCUCCAUCACCGCCGGCAAGUCGAUUUCAUUUGCCCAGACUUCCUCGGUCACCUCCACCCGUUGCGCCCAGCCCGAUGAAGGGGUUUGCAGAUUUCAACCGACCGUCAAGCACGUCCAAACCUCCACGCUUUCACGAUUCCUUGACCCUUCGAAAUGACGGGCUGGAGUCCGCUCGUGUAGGACAGUCAUCUUCGUCGAGCAGCCCAGUGCAAGGCGAUAUUCUAUAUCAGGGCUCCACGCCGCCGUCUCAUCCCUAUCAGAUGUAUCCCCAGAGGACGUACAGUAAUGCUACCUCCUCUACCGCCCCUUCCUCAGAGACACUUGAUGGAACCCGCGGUCCCACUCACCCAUACGCUCUCUACACCCAGAGCACUACUACUUCCGAGGAUCCAACUCAGCAGCGCAUUCCCGUAGGCUUCAAUGGCAUGGGAAACGGCUACCGCAGGCAAAUUGGGCCUGAUGGUGAGGAUGCAGGUGACUUGAUCGGGCCGCUCGGUCACAUGGAAGAGCUCCCACCAUAUUCACGCUAUCCUGAAGAACCCUUUCAACAUAAACCAGCAGCUGAUUGCGACAACACUGUCUCAGCUGCCAAUGCUACCGAUGGGGCUGGUGCUAGAACGAAUGGAUUAACAACUUCAACCCCGGCUCAGCCUAUUCCCGGUGCUGGUGGAAUUGGUCUUGCGACUCGGAACCCCGAGUUCUCCUCCACAGAAGACCUGGCUGGUAUGCCUCGAGGAGCCGGAUCCUCGAUCCGCAGUAGGACUUCUCUGGAGAGCUAUCACGAAAUUAAUGGUGCAGCCCGCGAUUUUGCAGAAAAGCCAACCCUGAGCAAGUGGCAACGGAGGGCAAAAAAGAAGCUGUGGGGCGUUGUGCCGUGCUGGACAAUAUGCCUGUUACUCGCUGGAAUUGUUAUCAUGGGAGUGGUGAUGGGUACUGUAGUUGGGACUAUUGUGACCAGACACAAUACCUCUCCCAAGGGUAAAGGACAAUCCGAUAAGAAUCAACCGAACACGAAUAAUGUUGUAUUUCUGGAGCACCUGCCACAGGAUUUGCCUCCCCUGGCAACAGGUUGUUUUUCCCUUCCGCCAAUGGACAAGUAUAACGUGCCAAAGGCUUGUAUCAAGGGUUUUGAGCAGAACGCCGCUUGGAAUUGUGAUAUGCCUUUCCGCUGGUACUCGAUGAACGUUACCGAACUUGCUGGUGCGGCGGAUGUCUCCAACUAUGCCAUGAAAUUUAGGCCUUUUGAUCCCAAGGCCUCUAAAUUCAUCUACGGAACCCAGCCCCCGAACGUUCCUGACUUCGAGCCCAUGCGGCUGGUAAAGGACACGGAAGAAGUCAACCGAGGCCCGGCUUGGUUUCUUGAAGUGAAAUACAACAAGACGGUCAUGGUUCGGGAAGAUCAGCUCGCACUUCCUAGUCCGUCGGGCCCUCAGCGGCGUUGGGAUCACAUGAAAGGACCAUUCCCUGGCCUGGAUAACUCUCGCUUCUCGAGAAAGGGACUGGCGGCCACGGAAGGCGACAAGCCAUGGAUCUGCACUUGGCCAAACGUUACACUUCAGGUCUUCGUGUACCCGAACCAGACAUUCACACCACCGAAACCUACCUCAACACCCAGCUCGAUCUCUUCAAUGCCUAGCCCGUUCUCUCCUGCUGCACCGACACCGACACCGGAUGAGCCACCACUGCCCAAAUUUAAGGAACCAUAUCCCAAACUGGUCAAAUUUGUGGAGAGCCGCUCAUACAAUAACGGCGACUACGCUCCAGCAACGUGUACGCAAUACAGAAUCACCAGUGAUGGUCAGGAUAAAGAACCUGUUCUUGAGAAUGGAAUGCCUGUAGCCUUCAUAGUCGAAGAAGUGGGCAAACCUGCCAAGGGGCCUAUCACGCAGCGUGUCAGUGACCCAGUUCCUAGGGAUAUAUUCUCCCUAGAGGGUAGAGGCGCGGACGUUACCCCCUGUAGCUGCAUUUCAUUCUCAUGGUCUGUAUAG